AUGGUUCAACCCCAAUUCAUGUUGCAUUUUCUCGUAUCUCGACUAUCCAGUCGUUUGGAAAAGCGGCAUCUAAUGUUGGCCGAAUUCCGUUCGCAACAUAAGGCGGCGCAUCGAAGUGAACUCGAAAACGAGAGAACACUGUUGGAAGAAAGUUCAGCCAAAGAGAAUCUCCUCACCGAGCGGAUCGUUGUUCUGGAGACGAAUCUCAGAAAUGCAGAACAGGAACUCGAACGGUGUCGAAGUGAACUAGAGCGACUUAAGAUAGAAAAUAGCUCCGCUGCUGAUACUGGAGCAGCACUGGAGGAGGAGAGGAGAAGGUUGAAGGCUGAAUUGAAGGAAACGAAAGAGAGGGAACAGAGACUUAUGGGCGAAUACACGGAACUCGAGGAGGAGAAUAUCACUCUACAGAAGACGGUUGCAAAUCUUCGUGGUGCUCAAGUUGAAUUCGAGUCACUCAAAAUCGACUGCACUAGAUAUGCUGAUGAAAUAUACAUGUUGAAUGCAGCCAUGGAGGAGAGCCAGUUGUUGAAAACCAUUGCGGAGAGGCAGGUAGAAGAAGCUCUACUGGCCGCCCAACAAGAACGAGAGCAACGUUUGGCGAUGAAGAAGGAGCUAGAUAGUGUAAGAAACGCUGAACAUUUAAGCAGUUUAACUGAUAUGCUUAUAGGACUUGAAAGGUUAGGAGAGGAUCCGGUAGCCUACCAACCGUCAAAUGACCUUUUCAGUGAGUUGAAAGGUAGCACUGAUGAGAAGUUUCGUGAACUUGAAGCUACACGCGAUAGUUUGCAUGAGGAAGUUAAGGAUAGAGAAAAGACUGCAGUGGAAGUGAUUUCCAGUAUAAUGUCUAAACUGAACAUGAACUAUUCUGGAGAGAUGGAUUUUCGGCAUGUCCGUCAGCAAAAGGACUUGGUUCUGGACAGGUUAGAUCAUUUAAGGGAUCACGACCAACGUGCAGAUAUUCGCACUCUUCUGCUCUUUGCGGGGGAGAAGGCUGCGCAGCUGGCAGCAGCACAGGAUGCGAUGAUUCAAGUAUCAGACCAACUGUUCCAGUUCUACUCUCAAAUCGUUCAGAAUCACGGGUUGACUACCGAGAAAUCGGUUAUUGAGAUUGUGAAUAAACUUCGUCAACUAGCACGUGAAAACGCGGAAGAUUUGCCAAAAGUCUCACUUAUUGAUGAAGGUGUUGAAAGUGGAACCGAAACGGAUAACAGUGGCGCUAAAGCGAUCCCAUUGAACUCUGAUAGAGCGGUUCUUGCUCCAUCUUUCAUUCGAGAAAUUGAUAAACGCCUCUUAAGUUGCAAAAUUGUUGACGCUGUCAGUGAAAGUGAUCUUCGACAACGUAUUCUCACUGAUGGAAGCGCUUUAUCUCAGACAAGUGAGAGCAUGAAAAAGCUAUUAACAGCUGUUAAGAGGACUGCAGAACAAGCCUUAAAUCAGGCUGUAUCGGCAGGAGGUGCUGAAACAGACGAUAUUCUCAUGCAGAACAUGAAACUUCGUUCUCUAUUGAGCACUAAACGAGACCAGAUCUCAACCUUGCGAACUGUCCUGAAGUCCAACAAGUUAACAGCAGAGUCAGCUUUAGCUUCACUUAGAGACAAGUAUGAAGCCGAUAAGAAGGCUCAUCAAGAAAAUAGUGAACGCAUGCGACGCGAACUUAAACAACUCAAAGAGGAUGCUGCUACAUUUGCAAGCCAUCGUGCCAUGUUCACUGCGCGAUGUGAAGAGCUGCAGGCACAGGUAGAGGAAUUGGAAGCUGACCAACGAAACAGCGAAGAGGAAAAGAAGACUCUCAACCAGUUGCUUCGUCUUGCCAUACAACAAAAACUUACGCUUACUCAGGUGAGUGUCGGCUUAUAUGCCAAUACGAGGACUCUCAAUGCGUUUGUCAUAAUUUUGUUCCAUGAAAAAAAAAUUGAACAAACGAAAUCUUUAAGGGCGAUUGUGAGAAACAUGUUUCGAACAGCCACUUCUGUGUGCACUACCAGGGAACUAAAGGAAGAAUCGCGUGACUUGGCUCGGCAAAUAGCCAUCUCCAAUGGCUACGAAAUACUUAGAAGGAGAACGACGCGCCCACGCGAAACACUUGGCCAAAAAAAAGUCCCGUUUAUGUUGCCGUUUUUUAUAAGCGAUGAAGUAAGCGUAGCUAUAAAACGAUGCUUAAGAAGCGCAAGUCUAGAGGAAUCGGUAGCGAUAGUUGAAAUACCACCGGCUACUCUACGUCGCCAAUUAGUUCGCAACCGCCUGUAUGACCGUCUGUGUGAAACAACAAAUUGCGUAAUUUGCCCUUACGGCAGGGACGGGGNGCCAAAAAAAAAGUCCCGUUUAUGUUGCCGUUUUUUAUAA